AUGAGAUUUGGGGAGAUGAAGUCGAAGCUCAAUGGCUAUAGCGAGUCGUAUCGCAGCAAACGAGCUGAUGGAAAGAACACGAUAUCGCGAAUAUCUGGGGGUGGCAAGAGGAAUGACGAGUCGACCAGGAUUGAGGCUCGGCCAUUGAGCCAGCUGUCUGAUCCUCACCAAUGGGCAGCCCCUCCGAAGCGAGGUGAUGCGCCGUCCGCGCCGCCUCGCGCACCAGCAGCAGUUCCGGCGGCACAGACAGUACCACCUGGACAGCCCGGACAGCCGGAACAGCCCGUCCAGCAGCCGGUUUGGGAUCCUAAUACUCAGCAAUGGGUCUAUCCGGCACCUGUGCCUGCACCGCCUCAACCGGCCGCCUACCCCGGUCAGCCUCAGCCCCCUCCUCCGCCCGCUAAUCCUGGGGCACCCCAACUCCCUGCAUACCCCAGUCAGGCACAACCUCCAGCACAGCCAGCACAGCCAGGCUAUCCAGGGUAUGCGGCACCUGCAGCUUAUUCGGCACCGACGCCGCAGUCGGCUUAUCCUCCACAACCACCUGCACCGGUGCCAUACCCCGGCCAGUCGCCGGCAUUGCAAGUACCUGCACCACCGCCUACCCAGACGGCUUAUGCAGGAGCCCCUCCAGCACCUUUACCUGCCCAGGGCCAAGCCCCAGUGUAUGGACAGCCAGCCUACCAGUUUCAGCAAGCGACUGAGCUUUCAACGGGGUCUGGGGAUCAAACAGCGAGCGACUCAUUGCCAGGUUAUGCCCAAUCGGCAGGCUAUUAUCGACCGGUGCAGCCAGCACAGCCAGCACAACCAGCACAGCCAGCACAGCCAGCACAGCCAGCACAGCCAGCACAGCCAGCACAGCCAGCACAGCCAGCAGCCCAGCCAGAAAUCCAAAUGCAAAGAGAAUUGCCUGACCCACGUUCCUUCGCCCCUCCCCCUAAAGCUGGAAAUCCUAACCCGACUCGUGACCAGGUGCUAAAGACCCCAGAACCCCAGCUCCCACAAAGGAGACAAUCGGACUCGGCACCCCGAUUACCGUCCCGUCCGCAAGCUCACAAUUCUCCGCCGCGAGCCGAACUGCCUCCCGCUUCUCCUCCUCAUGUUGAGCAAGUGACAAGCCAUAUGGCUAACGCUAGCCUGGACAACGAUCUAGCGUCGCAGAUUGCCGAUCGCAGAGCACAUUUGCGAGCCGCCAAUAAAGCCCCUGAAGGCAAGAAACCCCCACCCAAGCCGCCGUCUUUGAGCAAACCAAAAGUGCCAGGUAAACCCGCUAAUCUUCGCUCUGCGGCACCACCAGCGCCAACGUCACAACCGGCACCAAUGGCACCAACAGGCGAACGCCGACCUGCUCCUCCUCUCCCACCGAACCGAUCAGCCCCCCCACUUGGCCCGCGACCAACUGCCGGGAAGCCGCAGGACGAACUCGAACUCGAGACACAAUGGUAUGCUGGUCCAGUGAACAAUCUACAACUACCCAAGUAUCUACAAAAUCGGAACAUUCAGUUCCAUACAAGCUACGGUGGGGGCAAAUCGCAAUUGGUUGUCAAAGCACGAGAACCAGAUCUCAGUGUCUUGACGUUAACAUUCAGCUAUCCUACAAACCGCCCGAGCGAGGUUGCCGUUGACCGCCAAAAAGGACGAGCACCACCUGAGCCGUCCUACGACGAGCUCGAAGAGUCCCAGGAACGGUAUGGUGAAAGAGUUGCCCGAUGGUGUGAGGACCAACGUGGCAUACGUGUGGGAGACGGAGAGUGCUGGACAUUGGCUGCCGAGGCCGUAAAAAAAGCCGGGGCAAUGCCUGCACAGAAUUACGUAUUCGGAGCAGUAAUUUUGAAGCAGGUGGACAGCGAGGUGGUGUCGAGUGCUGGCCCGAUGAUGCGGGGCGAUAUUGCCCAGUUCACGUCGGCCAAGUUCGCGUCGAGAACUGGCCGGUCCGAAACCGGCCCCCACCACACUGCUGUAGUAACCGACGUCGACGACUCGAUUAUCCACGUGGUAGAACAGAACGUGAGUGGUUCUGCCGUGCAGCCGGGCCGUUACGACCUCGCUGAAAUGACCAGCGGAACAAUUGAAAUCUAUAGGCCCAUGCCCGAGUCAUGGAUGGAGCCACUAUAG